CGGAGCAGCAGUCCCGGAGCCCGGAUGGAGCGCCCUUGCUGGCUGCGCUGGACCUGGGGCACCUGUGCGAGAGCCCGAGCGUGGACGUGCGAGAGUCACCUGCCACAGCUGUAGCAUGGGUGGCAAGAACAAGAAACACAAGACCCCGGGGGCCGCGGCGGUCCGGGCCGCCGUGUCUGCUUCCAGAGCCAAAUCUGCGGAGGCCGGAGCUGCCGGGGAAGCCCAAAGCAAGAAGCCAGUGGCCAGGCAGUCCCCCGCCGGCGCAGCCAGCGCCCGGGAGCCCCGAGUCAAGCAAGGUCCCAAAAUUUAUAGUUUCAAUUCUUCAAAUGAUGCUGGUGGUCCUGCGAAUUUGGAUAAAUCUAUUUUGAAAGUGGUGAUUAAUAACAAGCUAGAACAAAGAAUUAUUGGAGUGAUCAAUGAGCAUAAAAAGCAAAAUAAUGACAAGGGGGUGAUUUCUGGAAGACUUACGGCCAAAAAAUUACAGGAUUUAUACAUGGCUUUACAAGCCCUUUCAUUUAAGACGAAGGACAUUGAAGAGGCCAUGGCCAGCACGCUCUCGCAUGGCGGUGACCUUCACUCUGCUUUGGACUGGCUCUGCCUAAACCUUCCAGAUGAUGCACUUCCUGAAGGAUUCAGUCAGGAAUUUGAAGAGCAACAACCUAAAAACAGGCCGAAGUUUCAGUCCCCUCAAACACAAGCCCCUGUUGCACCUCUACCGCAGAUUAGAACCAAAAAAGCGGAAGAAGACCUUAAGGUCAAGCCAAAAAAGGAAGAAAAAAAUGUGGAAAUAAAUAUGAAAGAGUGGAUUUUGAGAUAUGCUGAACAACAAAAUGAAGAAGAAAAGAAUGAAAAUUCUAAAAGUUUAGAAGAGGAGGAGGAAGAGGAAAAAUUUGACCCCAACGAAAGGUACCUGCAUCUUGCAGCAAAACUUCUGGAUGCAAAGGAACAAGCAGCUACGUUUAAACUAGAAAAAAAUAAGCAGGGCCAAAAAGAGACUCAAGAAAAAAUAAGGAAAUUGCAAAGAGAAAUGGAAACUUUAGAAGACCAUCCAGUAUUCAAUCCAGCCAUAAAGGUAUCACAUCAACAAAUUGAAAGAAAGAAGCCUCCUAUAGCCACAGACGGGGAAAAUACUUUGGACUUUAAUUUAUUUGAAAAGUCUACACCUGCUGCCGCCGAUGAGAAAGAUAAAAAGAAAGACCCUCAUGAUGUAAGAAAUUUUGACUAUACUGCUCGAAGCUGGACUGGAAAGUCUCCCAAGCAAUUUCUAAUUGAUUGGGUCAGAAAGAAUCUUCCCAAGAGUCCAAAUCCUUCCUUUGAAAAAGUUCCAGUAGGUCGAUACUGGAAAUGUAGGGUGAGAGUGAUCAAGUCCGAUGACGAUGUCCUGGUGGUGUGCCCCACUAUCUUAACAGAGGAUGGCAUGCAGGCUCAGCACUUGGGCGCGACGUUAGCCCUUUACCGCCUAGUGAAAGGGCAGUCCGUGCAUCAGCUACUCCCCCCCACUUACCGGGACGUCUGGCUGGAGUGGAGUGAUGCCGAGAAGAAAAGGGAAGAAUUAAGUAAGAUGGAAAGCAACAAGCCCCGUGAUCUUUUUAUUGCCAAACUUUUGAAUAAGUUGAAACAGCAGCAGCAACAACAGCAUACUGAAAAUAUGAAAGAAAACUCGGACGAUCCUGAGGAAUCUUGGGAAAAUUUAGUUUCUGACGAGGAUUUUUCUGCUCUGUCCUUGGACUCUGCAAACGCGGAAGAUUUGGAACCUGUUAGAAACCUUUUUAGAAAGUUACAAAGUACACCGAAGUACCAGAGACUGCUGAAGGACAGACAGCAGUUACCCGUGUUCAAACACAGGGACGCGAUUGUGGAAACGCUCAAACGGCACCGGGUGGUAGUUGUGGCGGGGGAGACAGGGAGCGGCAAAAGCACUCAGGUCCCGCACUUUCUGUUGGAAGACUUGCUUCUCAGUGAGGGGGGAGCGAGUAAGUGUAGCCUUGUGUGCACCCAGCCGCGAAGGAUCUCCGCAGUGAGCUUGGCCACCAGGGUGUGUGACGAGCUGGGCUGUGACGGCGGCCCCGGAGGACGGAAUUCUUUAUGUGGAUAUCAGAUCAGGAUGGAGUCUCGUGCUAGCGAGUCCACCAGGUUGCUUUAUUGUACAACAGGAGUUCUGCUAAGAAAACUCCAGGAAGAUGGCCUCCUAAGCAGUGUGUCUCAUGUCAUUGUGGACGAGGUUCAUGAGAGAAGUGUCCAGUCAGAUUUCCUGCUGAGUAUCCUGAAAGAAAUUCUCCAGAAGCGUUCUGAUCUGCACUUGAUUCUGAUGAGUGCCACUGUAGACAGUGAAAAGUUUUCUACGUAUUUCACACAUUGUCCCAUUCUCAGAAUUUCCGGAAGAAGUUUCCCCGUUGAGGUUUUUCAUCUGGAAGAUAUAAUAGAAGAAACAGGAUUUGUACUCGAGAAAGACUCAGAAUAUUGUCAGAAAUUUCUGGAGGAAGAAGAAGAAAUAACCAUUAAUAUUACAAGCAAAGCUGGAGGAAUAAAGAUUCAGGAAUGCGUGCCAGUUCAGACUGGAGGAGGUGCUAACUUAAAUCCAUUUUACCAGAAGUACAGCAGCCGCACUCAGCAUGCUAUUCUCUGCAUGAACCCUCAUAAAAUCAACCUGGACCUCAUUUUGGAACUUCUUGUAUAUUUAGACAAAAGCCCUCAGUUCAGAAAUAUUGAAGGAGCAGUGUUGAUCUUUUUACCAGGCCUUGCUCAUAUUCAACAGUUAUAUGAUCUCCUAUCAAAUGAUAGAAGAUUCUAUUCUGAACGAUAUAAAGUGAUAGCUCUGCAUUCUAUUCUUUCAACUCAAGACCAAGCUGCAGCAUUCGUGCCUCCCCCUGCAGGAGUCAGGAAGAUUGUUUUAGCAACAAAUAUUGCAGAGACGGGUAUCACUAUUCCAGAUGUUGUAUUUGUAAUUGAUACUGGAAGAACAAAAGAAAACAAGUACCAUGAAAGCAGUCAGAUGAGUUCUUUGGUCGAGACUUUUAUCAGUAAAGCUAGUGCCCUGCAGCGCCAGGGGAGAGCUGGGCGGGUCAGAGACGGCUUCUGUUUCCGACUCUACACACGAGAAAGAUUUGAAGGUUUCACGGACUAUUCUGUUCCUGAGAUUUUGCGUGUACCUCUGGAAGAAUUGUGUCUUCACAUUAUGAAAUGUAAUCUGGGUUCUCCCGAAGAGUUCCUCUCCAAAGCCUUGGAUCCGCCUCAGCUCCAAGUCAUCAGCAACGCAAUGAAUUUACUCCGCAAAAUUGGAGCUUGUGAACUCAGCGAGCCUAAGCUGACGCCGCUGGGCCAGCACCUGGCAGCUUUACCCGUGAAUGUCAAGAUUGGCAAGAUGCUUAUUUUUGGUGCCAUAUUUGGCUGCCUUGAUCCAGUGGCAACACUGGCAGCGGUUAUGACAGAAAAGUCUCCUUUUGUCACACCAAUUGGUCGAAAAGAAGAAGCAGAUCUUGCAAAAUCAGCGUUGGCCAUUGCAGAUUCAGACCACUUGACGAUCUACAAUGCAUAUCUAGGAUGGAAGAGAGCACGGCAAGAGGGAGGCUAUCGCUCUGAGAUCACUUACUGUCGGAGGAACUUCCUUAAUAGAACGUCGCUGUUGACCCUAGAGGAUGUAAAGCAGGAAUUAAUAAAGUUGGUUAAAGCAGCCGGAUUUUCAUCUUCUACAACCUCUACCAGCUGGGAAGGAAAGAGAGCCUCGCAGACACUCUCUUUCCAAGAAAUCGCCCUUCUUAAAGCUGUGUUGGCUGCAGGACUGUAUGACAAUGUGGGGAAAAUAAUCUAUACAAAGUCAGUGGAUGUUACAGAAAAGUUGGCUUGUGUGGUGGAGACGGCCCAAGGCAAAGCGCAAGUACAUCCAUCCUCGGUCAAUCGCGAUCUACAGACUUAUGGAUGGCUUUUAUAUCAGGAGAAGAUAAGGUAUGGCAGAGUGUAUUUAAGAGAAACAACCCUAGUAACUCCUUUUCCAGUUUUACUCUUUGGUGGUGAGAUAGAAGUUCAACACCGGNNNNACUUUCUCUGUCUCACCGGCUCCUUUCCACAGGCCCCUGUAAAGAUAGCUGUCAUUUUCAAGCAGCUAAGAGUCCUCAUCAAUUCUGUUUUAAGAAAAAAGCUUGAAAAUCCAAAGAUGUCCCUUGAAAAUGACAAGAUUCUCCAGAUCAUUACAGAAUUGAUAAAGAUGGAGAACAGCAAUUGAUACUGAAAUCUAUGAUCACCUGCUUUAAAAUUCAGCUGAAAAUACAAUCGUGAAAAUAUGUGGACGUGGACCAUCAGAGAGUUUUCUUACCUAAAAUGCUGGUACUAGCCGGAACCUAAGAGGUGGCAGGAAAGAAGCACAUAUUUGAACAUGUGUGAUUUUCUAGUUCCUUUUUAAUGAUUACUCUCAGUAUAUUUGCCACUACAUUUA